AUGAUGGAAACCAUGGAAGAUUAUUCGAGAUCAGAACUAUCUGAAUCCUCCAAUAUGUAUUUAGAGCUCAACUCUGAACCACAAUUUCAUCCAUUAUGGUGCAUUUUACCUUCAACAAACGGUACUAACAAUCAAAUGCCAUACUCUACACCAUGCAAAGACAAUCAUCUCAAUAAUUCAGAAUCAAUUGAUAAUAGAAGUUAUAAUAGUACUACUUAUAUUUCACAAAACUCUGAUUUAAAUACAUUGGAAACUGGUGAACAAACAGUUUCACCAGUCAAUAAAAAUUCACCUAUUACAAAAAAUAAGUCUAUUUCAUUGUGUAAUUCACAUGAUGAAAUUAUUCCGACUAAUAAUGUACACAGUCUGCAAACAGACGCAAAACUGCCUCAGGAUAAUGGUCCUUCAAUACUGAAUACAAAACAAACAAUCAAUGAGCCUGAAAUUUUUGUUAUGCAAAACGUUAUAUCACCACAAUUUCCAACAAGUGAAUUUUCCUCUGCACUGAUUGAACCACAACACUAUAAUGUAGAUGAAUGUCAAAUCAAUUCUUUAAAUCAGAUUAACAGUCCAACGAAAGCAACAUCAAUUAGCGAAAUAGACAGACAACAGAAUAUGAGUACUGAAGAACUAUUUCGUGGAGGAUACCCAUCUGCUCAAAGCUCUUAUCAAGAGGAACCGUCUAUAAAUACAGAUUGCUGUUCAAGAUUUAACACAUCUAGUGUAGAUCCUAAACAAACUUCAGGCAUGGUAAAUACAGUACAUACAAUCAAUGGAGGACAAAAGUACACCGAAUCAAACAGUGACAACUCUUUAUUAAAGGAUGAUCAUUCAUAUGGUCUUAACAAUCAUGAAUGUAAUCCAAAUCACUAUCCUUGUCCUCAAUCAGAAUUAAAUUUAAGCGCCAGUUAUCCAAUUCAGUCGAUCCACAAUACAACUGAAGAACAUAUUUCACUUGAGAUUAGUUCUGAAACACAAAGAGCAUUGGAAUCAUCAAAUAGUACUCCACCAUCAACUGAAAACAAUGAUAUUCAUUGUCAAGAAAAAUCUAACUUAUUACUUACUCCACCUCAACAUUCACCUUUAACCAAAACUACAUUAACCAACCAAAUGAUUACUUCUAACUGGACAAAAAACAGCCAGUGGAAUACCAAUUGUUCCAAGUCUAAUCAUGAAACAAAUGAGCGCCAAAAUUCAUACUGUUUUAAAGAAGAUACAAAUGAACAGAUAUUUUUAGAUUAUACUGAUAUGAAUUCAACUGCUAUACAAUCCCCCAAUGCUUUUACAGAUGAUCAAACAGGUCAUUCAAUAGUUAGUAGUGAUGCACAAUCUUCCGGUGAUGAAUCGGAUGAAGGAAUGAGUCUGGCGAAUUUUGAACAAUUCACCAAUGCAAUGCAACCAAAUCAUGCUGGUUUAUAUUUUUGUCAUUUAUGUGAUUUUGCAGGAAAUGUUAGACAAGAAUUUCAAGAUCAUCUAUUAUCACAUUAUGAUUAUAAAUGUUUAAAAUGCGAUUAUACUUCACGUACAGAAGGUCGUUUAAAACGUCAUAUGAAAGAUUUUCAUUCUGAUGUACCACCGGAAAAUUUCUCUGGUAAAACAAUCAGAUCUAUGCGUCCAAAAUUACAACGAUGUAAACAAUGUGAUUUUGUGACUGAUACAAAGGAUGAAUUUUGGCGUCAUUUACGUAUCCAUAUCAAAGAAGAUAAACGCUUAGAAUGUCAUUUAUGCUGUUUUAUAACAGAAUAUAAGCAUCAUUUGGAAUAUCAUAUGCGAAAUCAUAUGGGUUCUAAACCAUAUAAAUGUCCAAAAUGUAAUUAUGAAUGUGUCAAUAAGUCAAUGUUAAAUAGUCAUAUGAAAUCUCAUUCCAACGUUUAUCCAUAUCGUUGCGCAAAUUGUCAUUAUGCUACAAAAUAUUGUCAUAGUUUAAAACUACACCUUACAAAGCAUGAACAUAAGCCAGCUGUAGUUUUAAAUUCUGACGGAAGUUUGCCACCUUAUGAUAAUACAGUGGAAUUGAUGAAUGUAAAACGUGGACCGACUAUUCGACAUGGUAAUUCAAAAUCACACCGCCGACGUUGUAAUUCGUCAGAAUCAACAAAAGCGAAAAUAAAAACGUCAUCAACACCAAAAAGUAUCAUUGAAAAUGUUACACUUGUUAGUACAGUCUCUACAUGUUCAACAGGUGAAAAUGCAACUCCAAGUAAAGAAAAUCAAAACCAAACUAUGGGAGAUGCGAAUCUCAUGAAUAUACCCAUGGACCUAAAUUGUACUUCAUCUUUUAAUACCGAACAGUCAAUGGUUGGAUUCCAAACAUUUGAAGCAACACAACCAAAUGGCACCGUAUUUUCGACUUCGAAUCUAAGUACACCUGUUCUAUUUCCAACUCUUACCAAUGUAAAUAAUAUUCCGGCUAAAUUUAUGGAAACAGUUAAUUCAAUAACUUCAGAUCCAAUACCGAUCACCAAUGCUUUUAAUGAUGUUUCAGUUACUAGCAGUAAUAUAAUUGCAAAUCCUCAUUUGAAUCCAAUUGUUUGUAAUUCAGAUGGGACUGGAGGACAGUGUAUAACUGUCACUUCAGAUCCAUUUUUAAAUUAUUCUGUUUCUGCAUAUUCUUCAAUGGUAGCCUUUAUGGCUGCAAUGCAAUGCGGUGAUUAUAAUCGAGCUCGUUUAAUUUCAUCUGGUUCAACAAAUUUAUCAGAGUUGACUGAUUUAAAUUUUGUAUCGUCCAAUUCACUUUGUACAACGGAUAUUUCCAGUACAAUGCCGUCAGUUGGAUUAUGUAAAAAUGAGGCAUCAGCUUCUUUAAUAUCAUCAAAUCGUACUGAGUACAUGCAAACAAAUGAAGUAAACAAUCCAAAUUUUAAAGUUUCCGAGAUGAAUUAUCCAAUAAAUAAUUCAUCUAGUUUUAAUACAGACACACAAGUUAAUCAUUCAGUAAGUGAGUCAAACCAUCCACCAGUGUGUUCAUCAUCGGUUAUUCCUGAUAUUGCUAUCACACCAAAUAAACGUAUAUCUCUACUAGGAAAUGAAAUUCCAACCAGCGAACCGAUGGAAAUAAUCAAAACGAAAGAAGCAUCUAGUAGGAAUUUGGAGAAAAUGACAAAUAUCAUAUCGAAUAAAACUGUGUAUAGUGAUUUAGAAUCAGCUUUAGAUUUAUCUUCUGCAUCGUACAAUAAAAGGAAUAUAGACUGUGAUAAAUUUCAUAAACCCAUGGAAUAUAAUUUUAAAUUAAAAACUUCUGAAGCUAACGAACAAAAUCUUCAAAUAAUUAGACAUGGAAAAAAUAAUGGGAAAUUACUUACAAAAGAGCCACAAAAUGUUAAGUCAUCAAUUAUAUCAUCAUCAUCAUCACCAUCAUCAUCAUCAAUCGCAAUGGACAAUAGUUUGGAUAAUGAAAAUAAUAAUAAUAAUAAUAAUAAUAAUAAUAAUAAUAAUAAUAACAAUAAAGAUUCAUUAGAUUUCAUUCAUGAAUGUCGAUUUUGUGAAAUACGCUUUCGUCAACGUACUCUAUAUGAUAUACAUAUGGGAUUUCAUAGUCAUUCCGAUCCUUAUUUAUGCAAUCGUUGCGGUCACCAAAGUAAUGAUUCUGUUGAAUUUUUCACUCAUCUUGGAGAAGAAGCACAUUAUUCAUAG